GGAGACCGCGGCACAAACCUCUCAUGGCGUGGCGCAAGCGGCGCUAUGUAGAGAGCGGAAGGUCGGAAUCUUCUCGAGGGCGCUCUCGAGGACGUUCACGACAUCGCAAGAGAAGAAGGAGGAGAAGUUCCUCUUCAUCUUCGUACACUACUUACUCCAGAAGUUCUCCAUCCAUUUUUCGCAGAAGAGGUAGACGCAAGGCUGACGAGGACAGCGAGUACAGUUACUCAGAGUCAGCAUCAAGUCCCAAUGCAGAGAGGGAGAAGGAAACAAAGCCUCAAAAAUCUGCCAAGGGUUCCGAGAAGACCAAGGCUGCUGAGAAGCCCAAGACUUUCACAGAGUCUAAGAUUCCUGAGAGGCCCAAGGCUUCUGAGAAGCCCAAGGCUCCCGAGAAGCCCAAGGCUCCCGAGAAGCCUAAGACUCUCACAGAGUCCAAGACUCCUGAGUCCAAAGCACCCGAGAAGCCCAAGGCUUCUGAGAAGCCCAAGGCUCCCGAGAAGCCCAAGGCUCCUGAGAAGCCUAAGACUCUCACAGAGUCCAAGACUCCUGAGUCCAAAGCACCCGAGAAGCCCAAGGCUUCUGAGAAGCCCAAGGCUCCCGAGAAGCCCAAGGCUCCUGAGAAGCCCAAAGCAGUUGCAAAGUCCAAAGUUGCUGCAAAGCCUCCGGUCGACAGCAAGAAGAAGGAGACUGAAGAGCCAAAUCAGAAGCAUGCCAAACGCAAGACUGAUCAGGUUCAAGGAAGUGGUGGGAAUGCGCUUCCGCAAAAAAAACUGAAGGUGACACCAACUGCGCCAAAGAUGCCAGAGGAAGCGGAAGAGAAGGGAAGCGAAGAGAAAACAGAGGGAGGAGAGAAAGACGCAGAGAAGGACAAAGAGGCUCUUUUGAAGGAGAAACAAGCUUCAAAGAGCCCAAACAGCCCCAAGAGUCCAAAGAGCGAAACAAAUCCGAAGAGCGAAAAAAGUCCAAAGAGUCCCAAGGUUGAAACGAAGCUUGAGAGUCCCCCAGAUGCCGACAUUGAUGAGAAGGAGGAACCCGUGCCUCCAAAAACCGCAGAAAAGGGAUCUGAAAAAAAUGGAAAGCCGAAAGAGGAGCUGCUGGGCAAAGGCGGCCUUGACACCUUGGCUCUGCAGCGAAGUCUUUCCCAGGAUACCCAAAAUCUUCAGCUGAUGCUUCUCCAGGCUAAGCGAGAUUUAGAUGAUAGGAGAGACACCCUUGAGAAGCAGGAACGACGCGAAAAGGAGUAUUACCGCGGUGACUAUGGAGAACCUCUGGGUCCAGAGAACAGACUUCUACUAGAAGAAGCUCUUGGACAGGGAGCCUUUUCCACAGUGUACCGCUGUCGCGACAUGAAGGCUGAAGGAGAGAGAUUCUAUGCAGUCAAGUUCAUUCGCAAGAACAGUGUCUUGCGGACGGCCACAGAACAGGAGGUGAAGCUCAUGCGCCGGUUGCGAACGCAGGCGUCUGAGCUGGACCCAAUUGGGGCCCUCUGCUUCCUCGGACUUGCUGGACCUGAGGUGAUAGAACAUGAGGGACAUCUUGCACUUUGCUUCCAGCUUCAAAGGUGUGACCUUCGCUCUGCGCUGAAACGCUGGGGGCAAGGAGCUGGUCUUCCACUGGGGCUUGUGCGCAAUUAUGCCCGAAACAUUUUCUUGGCUUUGCGGGCUCUGAAAUUGGUGAACAUUGUGCACAGCGACCUGAAGCCAGACAACCUUUUGGUAUCCAUGGACAAAAUGUCUGUGAAGCUGUCGGACUUCGGGUCUGCUAUGGACCUGAAAGAUCGCCUUCGUCCUGAGAAAGCUGCAGAAUCAUUGCAGCCACGCUUCUACAGAGCCCCAGAAGUCAUUCUGGGCCAGCCCUAUGAUACACAAAUUGAUGUAUGGAGUGCUGGGUGCACGGUUUUCGAGAUGGUCACUGGCCGAUUCCUUUUCACUGGCCGUGACAACAAUGACAUGCUUUUCAGGAUUAUGAAGCAGCUCGGAGCCUUUUCGCGGAAAUUUGUUGGAAGCGGCAAGCUAUCCGACCGGCAUUUCCGCCGUGAGGAUGGCGCUUUUCGUUGUGGCGCAGACGCCAACGGAGAGCCCCUGAAGUUUAUCGGCCGCGAGGACUUCCCACGUCCUCCAAGGCCGAUCAUGGAAGAAUUGAAAGAGCCCCUUCAGUUGGAGAGCAGCGGAGAUGCGGGCCAGGCAGGCCAGGUUGCGGCCAAGGCAUUGGUGGAGUUGAUCUUGGGGUGCAUCACUCCAGAUCCGGCCCGUCGUGUGGACCCAGAUGCGGCGCUGAGCACUUGCUUUCUUCGGCCGUCCGGCAAUCGAGUCCAAUGAGAUUCGUGGUUGUCGUAGCUGAUGUGUCGUAGUCUUUGAAUCUUUGGUAACCCUCCCAGACCCUUGUUCAAACACUGGACCUG